UAAUUAUAAAAUAGUGGCGUUGAUCGCUUUUUUUAUGUAUCUAUGAAGAUUGUAAACGCUCACGGCGUAACGACUUACACGAUCAUUUGACGUCGUUUUUCUGUUGCGUUAACAUGAAUUCCAUCCAUUUGUGCUUGGUAUUGGGGGCGUUGGUAACGACGGCCGCGUCGCAAGAAACGCCAAAGAUCAGAACCGCAUCGACAACUGUAGCUGGCAUCGUAGGGAAUAGCAUUUCACUAGAAUGUUUGGUCGAAAAUUACGAAGCCAAUACCCUCAUGUGGGCCAGGGGGCCAAUUUUGGAGAGGAGAUUAUUAACAAUGGGAUCAAUACUGUUGGUUCAUGACGACCGAUAUUCCUCAACAUUCGACCGUAAUAGUUCAACGUACAAAUUGGAGAUCCGAAAUGUAGACUUCUCAGAUGCGGGAGUAUACCAAUGUCUUUUACCGCUUGCCAUGGACAGCGUUCUGACUUCGGACGUUGAGGUGCAAGUGCUUCCGAAACCAGGCGAAGUCGCAUUUGAUUGGAACGCAACGGAAACCUCACUUUCCAAAUCUGAGGGGGAGCCUGACGUGUCGUCGCAAAAUACUCCAAGGAUUAUUCGCGUAUCACCAACUCAAAUUGCGGAAGUUGGUGACAAUGUUACCCUGGAAUGUGUGCUGGAAAAUGUAUCGACCAUUGGGGUGGUUUGGAUUAAAAAGCGUGAUGAUAUCUAUCAUCAAUAUUUGGAUGUAGCGACAGCACUUGUUUUGCGUGAUUCUCAUAUAACCAAGACAACCACCGACAACGUCACAUUGUGCACAUUGAAGCUCGAAAAUCUGAAAUUAGAGGACGCUACGACUUAUCAAUGUGUCCUGAUGAAGACGGUCGAAGACCUCGUCACUGCUGAUGUCGAAGUACAAGUCCACUCGAAGUCACUGAUUUGAAUCAACACAAAUUAACACGAAUUAGAAAAAUUAAUUCAAGCUAGAAUGAAUCAACUUGCAUUAAUCGAAAUUACAUGAAUUAUUUCGAAUUAAAUAGAAUUAUUAAAAAUCAAUUUGUAUUGAAUAGAAUUAAGCAAAAUUAAUCGGAGUUAUCGAGAAUUAAUUAAAAUUGAGUAUAAUUGAGAAGAAUUGAAUUUGAAUUAGCACAAUUAUUCUAAUAUACAUAAUAAAAAUUAAUGUGAAGUCGCGCCUGA